UCAACCCUAGUUUACUCCUAAACCCAAACUAACCAAACCAAACCGAACCCAACUCCUUCUCCUCAGUUUUUAUAUAUACUCAUCUUUCCUCUACAUUUCACCCUUAAUUUCUCUUCUAUCUUCCUCUUCCUAUACCCACCAUUUUUACUAUCUUAAUUUCUUAUUCUCUAAGCAAUCAAUUUGGUCUUACUAAUUUUGUUUCAUGAGACUAUAAUUACUUGCUAAUUCAAGAAUUAGAACUAAUUAAGAAUUGAAAAAAAUGAGUUGCAAUGGGUGCAGAGUGUUACGAAAAGGAUGCAGUGAAACCUGUAUUCUCCGGCCGUGUUUACAGUGGAUUGAGAGCCCUGAAGCUCAAGGCCACGCCACCGUCUUCGUCGCUAAAUUCUUCGGCCGUGCUGGUCUCAUGUCUUUCAUCUCCGCCGUACCUGAAAAUCAACGACCUGCUUUGUUUCAGUCUUUAUUAUUUGAAGCGUGCGGUAGAACUGUAAAUCCAGUAAACGGCGCCGUAGGACUUUUAUGGACAGGCAACUGGCAUGUUUGUCAAGCAUCAGUAGAAACCGUUUUACGCGGCGGAACUCUACGGCCGAUGCCUGAGUUACUCACCGGCGGAUCUCAAUCUCCAGUCUCCGAUGAAACCUCCGAAGCUGAAGUAACCUGUACGGACAUGUGGAACCUUCAGGAUUUGAACUCAGCUCCUCAUUCUCGUUUCUCUAAUUCAAGAUCUAAAGUCUCACCAAAAAGAAAACGAUCAAACAACAACGAACCUGUUACACUCAACCAGCAGCUUCCGUUACCGUCACGCUUUCAACCGUCGAACGAUUUAGAUCUCCGAUUGACGCCGAAUUUUUCUCCGAAAUACUCCCCGAUGAAACACGAGCUUCGUCGGCCGGGAACGCCGUCGAUGAACUCAGAGGAGUCUGCGACUACGACAGUUACGUGUUUUGAGAGUAGAUAUGGAGAUGAUCAGUACGGUAACGGAGGAGAAAACGGAAAGUUGCUAAAUCUGUUUGUUUAGCAACGAAGAAACUUGAAGUUGAGAUUAUAAAUUAUAAAUAUAAUCAUUUAUAAAUAUAUAGAUAGAGAGAGCGGUUUCUGUUUUGUUCUAAUUUUGUGAAUCUGACGUUCACUGCUACUGUUCUACGGGAGAGAGAGAGAUUAGAAAACUAGCUCGUAGUUCAAUUCUCUCUAUUGAAUUUGCUUUUUUCAUAUAAUUUCCCCGGAAUCUGAUGGAUUUUCCGGCGAGUUUCUAUUUUUGUAAGUGGCCGGUAGAGGAUUUUCUCUUUAUUUAGGGUUAAAGAGAACAAAUGAAAUUGCCGGUAAUUUUUAAGUUUUUGUUUUUGUUAAUUUUCUUUUUUGUGACAAGUGAUGACUGUAAUCCUGUAUGACAUGAAUAAUAAUCCAAAUCACUUUUCUUCUUCUA